AUUCAGCUGAACACAAACUUCUUUCACUCAUGAGACACGAACUCUGUCACAACGUUUCAUUACGCGACAGUCGCGCUGACGCGCUGCACUUCCACGAGUGUUUGAGUUUGUGUGGAGUGAGAUCUCGUGUUGUGUGAUCUUACCUCAGUGCUUGAAGUGUGUGUGUGUGUGUGAGUUUCAGUCAUGGCAGUAGACGGAAUAGACCAGCGCGCGCUCCAAUAUGAGCAAACUUUGAUGUAUGGGCGGUACACUCAGGAACUGGGUGUUUAUGCAAAAGAAGAGGCGGCCCGACUGCGAGAGGAUGGCCGUCACCGCCGUUCCAUCUCCGAACGCAGCCCGUCACUCAAAGUGCUGGAAUAUGAGAAGGGACGAUGCGUCAAGUGUCGAAGGUAUUCGUACGCCCUGGAAUCCACACCUCGGGCCUUUUUUUCUGUCUGUACAGUUCACUGUCAGAGGUUCCUCAUGUCUCGGGUGGGUGAGGACUGGAUCUUUCUCAUUCUGCUGGGUCUGGUCAUGGCGCUGGUCAGCUUUGUUAUGGACUUCUGCAUCGCUCUUCUCUUACAAGCACAGAAGUGGAUGUACGGUGGUUUGGACAGUAAUGUGAUCUUACAGUAUCUGGCGUGGGUCACUUAUCCUGUGGUUCUCAUCAGUUUUUCUGCUGGAUUCACACACAUCGUGGCUCCUCAGGCCGCCGGGUCCGGCAUUCCUGAGAUGAAGACGAUCCUCAGAGGAGUGGUGCUAAAAGAAUAUCUCACUUUAAAAACAUUUGUAGCCAAAGUGGUCGGUCUGACAUGUGCGCUGGGCAGUGGAUUACCUCUGGGCAAAGAGGGGCCGUUCGUUCACAUCGCCAGCUUGUGUGCCGCUCUGCUCUGUAAAUUCAUGUCAUUAUUUGGUGGAAUUUAUGAGAAUGAGUCCAGGAACACAGAGAUGCUCGCUGCUGCUUGUGCGGUCGGGGUCGGCUGCUGCUUCGCUGCUCCUAUUGGAGGUGUGUUAUUCAGCAUUGAGGUCACAUCCACAUUUUUUGCCGUCAGAAACUACUGGCGAGGAUUCUUCGCUGCUACAUUUAGUGCCUUUAUCUUCAGAGUUCUAGCGGUGUGGAACAGAGACGAAGAGACGAUAACCGCUCUCUUUAAAACCCGCUUCAGACUGGAUUUCCCCUUUGACCUGCAGGAGCUUCCGGCCUUCGCAGUGAUCGGGAUUGCCAGUGGAUUUGGUGGAGCUCUGUUUGUGUACCUGAACAGACUGAUUGUUCAAUUUAUGAGAAAACAGAAAACCAUCAACAAGUUCCUGAUGAAGAAGCGUCUGUUGUACCCGGCGCUGGUCACUCUGCUGGUCACAACACUCACCUUUCCUCCAGGAUUUGGACAGUUCAUGGCAGGACAGCUCACACAAAAGGACACACUGGUGUCAUUCUUUGACAAUCACACAUGGGCAAAGCAAGGAAUCACAGAGGACUUCAUAUACAACAGCCACUCGGCCGCCUGGAAACAUCCGCAGGCAAAUAUCUUCAUCGUCCUCGUCAUCUUCAUCGUCAUGAAGUUUUGGAUGUCAGCUUUAGCCACGACUCUUCCAGUCCCCUGUGGAGCUUUCAUGCCUGUGUUUGUCAUUGGUGCUGCGUUCGGGCGUUUGGUGGGUGAGAGUAUGGCCGCAUGGUUUCCAGAGGGCAUUAAUUCAGAUGGAACCAUCUACCCCAUAGUGCCCGGUGGAUACGCUGUUGUGGGAGCGGCUGCGUUAUCGGGUGCUGUCACACACACGGUGUCGACGGCCGUGAUUGUGUUUGAGUUGACGGGUCAGAUCAGUCACAUUCUGCCCAUCAUGAUCGCUGUGAUUCUGGCCAACGCCGUCGCUCAGAGCCUCCAGCCGUCCAUCUAUGACUCCAUCAUCCGCAUUAAGAAACUGCCGUACCUGCCCGAGCUCGGCUGGGGUCACCACGAGAAAUAUAAUAUCCGUGUGGAGGACAUCAUGGUGAGAGACGUCCAUUACAUCACUCUAAACUCCACCUACAGAGACCUGCACGAGAUUCUUCUGAUGGGAAACCUGAAAACAUUAGCACUGGUGGAGUCUGCAGAGUCGAUGAUCUUGUUGGGUUCUAUUGAGCGUGCUCAGUUACAGGCGCUCCUGACACAGCAUCUGGGUAGCCAGCGGCGUCUGGAGUACAUACAUGAGCGUGCAGAGGAUGAGAGGAAGCGCAUGUCAGUGAUCAGCACCCCCAGCAGUGAGGAGGGAGGUCACAAGGUCAACCACGAGGUUCGAUUUCAGAUCUCCACAGAUGAAUCCUCAUUCCCUCCCUCUCGACCUGUUUCUCCUAAACCUCUCAAACCAGCGCUGAAGAGAUCGUCUGUCGCUGAGAAGAACACAGACAUUCCCACAAGUCCUCAUGAAUCUGGCAUCGGUCUGAAGAAUCUUCUUUGUGUUCAUCCUCAGACAGAAACACUGGAGGACGACCCGGACAUAGAAGACGAUAUGACACUUCGAGAGAUUGAGGAGUGGGAGGAGCAACAGCUUGACGAGCAGGUGAACUUCAACAACUGCAAGAUUGACCCCGCCCCUUUCCAGCUGGUGGAGCGCACCUCACUGCACAAGACGCACACCAUCUUCUCUCUGCUGGGUCUGGAUCACGCUUACGUCACCAGUAUCGGGCGUCUCAUCGGGGUGGUUUCACUGAGAGAGUUGCGUAAAGCCAUCGAGGGCUCCAUGACGGUGAAGGGGGUGAAGGUUCGUCCGCCGCUGGCCAGUUUCCGGGACAGUGGGACCAGUGGAACCAGCAGCGAAAGUGAAGCCACGGAGCUUCACAAACUGUGGGAGCGUCACACAAACCUCACGCUGCCCAGAGAACAUCCGCCCAACUCCUCGGACUCAGACGACAAGUCCCACUGACGUCACAGAACCAUGAGACGCACAAAACAGUCCACAGUUCUCUAGACGGACUCCCGAACGUCCACCGGCUGGAUUAUUUGGGUCUCGUUGAAAUCUUCCUGACAAACACUAAUUCCAUUUCCUGUUAUGGGAAAGAAUCAGGGACUCUUGUUCUUGUCAGAUUGUGUGUGUGGUGUUGUUUCUUUACAUUCCCUUUGUGUUUUAAUCUUGAUCACUGGACACUUUCUCUCCCCGUCUCUUGAUGGGUUCUUUUUUAAGCAAGAGGUGGGCAUUGAGUUUCUCUCCAUAUAAAGACACUGAUGCUGGUGUAGGCGACUGCUGUGGGCGCAGAGAGAGCGAGAGAGAGAGAUAAUGGAUGUGUGUGGGAUGUAUAAUCUCUACAUCCUCACUUCAGUAGAAAAGAGAUUUAUUUUCUCCCGUGACAUUUGUUCAAGCAGAGACUUUGGUCGCCAUUUUACUCACAAACCACUGAUGUGUUUUCUCCUCCUGAUCUUGUGAAAGGAGUGAAAUCACAGAACCAUGUGCACUUUUUUGCUUCCUUUCUAGACUUUAGUUGUUGCCUGCACACUAACUUUUAAGAAAUAGUAACACUUUACAGUAAGAUUAUCAUGAAUAACAAACAGUGCUUUUAUUUCAUUUAUUCAUCUGGAUUCAAUUAUGAGAUUAUUUAUGAUAAUAUUCCAAAUAUUUUAUAUUGUUAGCUCGUGGUAAGCUUCGCGUUAACUUGAAUUGAAUCACAGCUCCGUCCACAUCGAUAAUAUUAACAAUAAUCAUUUACACUUUACAAUCAGGUGCUAUUUGUUCACAAUUAAUUAAUGCUUUAGCGAACAUGAGCAAUACCUCUACAGCGUUCAUGUUAAAGGGACACUACACCAGAAACAUUUAAGUUCUCUCUUCAAUUACUCGCCUUCGAGUUGAUCCUAAUCUGUAUAAAUGUCUUUGUUUGGUUGAACACAGAGAAAGAUAUUUGGUAGAAUGCUUAUAACUUAUAUGACCCACAUUGACUCACAUUGUAGGAAAAAAACAAUGAUAGUCAAUGAUCCCCCAGAACUGUUUGCUGUCGAACAUUCUUUAAAAUAUCUUUCUCUGUGUUCAUCACAACAAAGACAUUUAUACAGAUUUGAAACAACUUGAAGGUUGAGUAAAUGAUGACAGAACUCUUUAUUAUUAAGAUCAAAACAUUGUCACUGUGAACAUGAGUAAAUUUUCAGUAUUGACAUGAACUAACACUAACAAGGAUUAAUAAAUGCUGGAAAACCAAAUUGUUCAUUGUUAGCUAAUGUCCGCUUAUGCAUUUUCUCAUGUUAACUAAUAGCACCUUAUUGUAAAGUGAGUUUUUUAUUGGUGCUGUGUUUAUGUGAAUGUUUAUUUGUAAUAACCACUUUGAUAUAUAUGUGUAUUGGGAAAUCAAAAGGUUUCUCUUUAAACAGAUGAUGUGUUUGUUGGUUUUGUUUGAGAACUUGAUCUUGUAUUCUCAAUACACAUACGUGAAGAAAUGACCAUUUACUGAUUCACUCCUGCGUUUGAUGAUGUCACAGUCAUCAUGUCUCUCUCUCUCGCUUUCUCUCUUGUAGCAUUUAUGGACAUUUUUCUGUGUAAUGGAGAAGAUCGUAUACAAGUUCUGUCAGCUCGUGUCCUUUUCAGACUUGAGCUGAAAUAUAUAUAUUUUUUUGUAUUAAUAUAUUAAUGUUAAUAAAAUAUUAUUUUGGGGGGUGAAAUACGGACGUGUUCCUGACAGGUUACGUGAGAUUCACUCACAAACUCUGAAACACGCAACAAACGGCCGAUUGGAACAAAAGAGGAGCUCUGAGAACACUUUAUUUCCUCCUGUAAAUGUUUGUUGUGUGUUUUUGUGAACGUUUCGCGGGUCAUUUUAAUAUGAACUGAUUUUGAUUUUUAACUGACGUUUUGUCUCGUGGCCAAUAAGCGUUCAUAUGUUAAUACGUCGUAGGAGGAGCUUAUUUUUGCAACAAUUCAUGUAGAACUUUGAUUUAGAUGUACAGAUUUAAUAUAUUUAAAAGAUUCACUUAAUGAAAUUUUGUUUCUUUUGCCAUUAAACGAGAGAUGUUUGACUCGAGGUUCAGACAAAAUCUCAAUAUUUAACAGUAUUUUUGCAUUAGAUUUUGUUCUAACGGGAUCUCCUCGACAAACAUUGAUUGAACGUUGAGAUCCAGAAAUGAUGUUGUGUCUUUGACCUCAGAAAAUGAUUCCCAUAUCAUCUCAGAAAUGAAUUUCUUUAGUGGUUAUUUCAACAUGUGUUUUUCCUCCUGAACAGACCAAAUGAGUGAAAUCAUCAUUGUUUCUGUUUGUGUAUUUUCAUUUAUUAUUUGUGGUCCGUAGCAUUUCAUGUGUAAGAUUGUGUUGUGAGGAAUUAUAUUUAUUAACAACGAUCAACAAAGUAGAUAAACUGAUUUUAUUUUUCCUUUUUUAUGUUCAGUUAAGAUAAAGCAUCUGUGCAAUAAUUUUUUUUUUGUAAUAAAAUAAAAGCAUCAAUGAAUUUGA